CUAAUUCCUAGUUACGGUAUAUUUGUAACUACCUCAACGCGAAACCCUAAAUCUGCGAAACCCUAAUCCUCCGUUCAUCCUCCGUUGCCGACAUCCUGCGUUGAACAGCUCCGUUCAUCCUCGAGACGCUAAGAAAUCGGAGUCCUCUCGGUGAAGCAGUAAGUGAUUGGUUUAUUGAACGCGAUUUUCACUGAUUUACGGAGCUAUUCGCUAGGGGAGAGUUUUUUUUUCCAUGGCCGAUGAUUACGAGGGCUCGGAGCGAUUCGGGAUGGAGAACGACUAUGAGGGCGGCGAGUGGAUUGGCGGCGAGUUCUACUACCGCAGCAAGAAGGAGCGCACCGUCCAGACACGCGAGGACGCCAUCUACGGCACCUUCGCCACCGCGUCCAGCGAUUCUAGCUCCGAUGGAGGAAGGCGCCGCUCGCGGAAGCGCAGGAAGGGAGACCUCAUCUCUAAGGCCGACCUCUCCAAGCCUGUCCAGUUUGUCUCCACCGGCACCGUCAUGCCCAGCCAGGAAGUCAAACGGGAUCCCCAGGAAGAAGGGGAUCGAUCUGCUGGCGUUCCCAAUUCUGGCCAGGGGCUGGGAUAUGGGCUAGGGUUUCAAUCCAACAGAAAGGAUAGCGUGGGGGAUGAGGAUGAUGAGGACCAGGAUAAUUUCCUCCCAACGGCCUUUGGGAGGAGGAUUAAAGAAGGUGCCCAGCGCCGUGAGAAGGAGAAGGAGUCUGAGAGAGGGAAAUCGAAGUUGGCCAAGAAGUCUUCUGGGAGAAGAGAUGCAUCUGGCGCCAGCGAGAUGGGGAAGUUUGAGGCACACACCAAGGGAAUUGGUUUGAAGCUGAUGAAGAUGAUGGGAUACAAGGAAGGGUCUGGAUUGGGGAAGAAUGAACAAGGCAUAGUCGCUCCGGUAGAAGCUAAACUCCGUCCAAAGAACAUGGGCAUGGGGUUCAACGACUACAAGGAGGCUAAAUUGCCUGUUUUGGAUGAAGCACCAAAGGAAAAGAUGGCUACUCCAGUGGCGGCAGGACCUUCAAAGGAAAAGAGGUGGUUAAAGCAGAAGAAAGGAAGAGCCAAAGCUGAGAUUUUGACGGCAGAUGAGUUGCUGGCUAAAAAGCAGGAACAAGGUAUUGAGGUUCAGAAGGUUCUUGAUAUGAGGGGACCACAAGUUAAGGUUUUGACUAGUCUGGAGAAUUUGAACAUGGAGACUGAGAUGAAAGAGAAUGAUGUGCCCAUGCCCGAGCUCCAGUACAAUGUUAAACUAAUUGUGGAUUCUACUGAGGUUGACAUACAAAAGCUAGACCAGCAAUUGAGAAGGGAGAGGGAGAAGGUGGUGAGCUUACAGGAGGAAAAGGACAAGAUUAUGAAAGAAGAGAUGAGGCAGAGGAAGCAACUUCAUGUUAUGGAGACAAUUGCAUUAGUCUUAGAAAAGGUCAAGGAGGAUAGCUUAUCAGGGGUGUUGACACUUGAUUCUCUAUUGACCACUUUCAAAGAUUUAAAAGAGAUGUUCAGAGAUGACUACAAGCUCUGCAAUAUUUCCUGUAUUGCUUGCUCAUUUGCAUAUCCUUUGCUUCUCCGGGUGUUUCAAGGAUGGGAACCAUUGCAGAAUCCAUUGCAUGGCAUGAAUCUUAUAUCUUCUUGGAGAGAUUUGUUGCAAGGAGAUCAGCCUUAUGAUUUUUCAGAAAACCUUUUUUCCACUUCUUCUUAUUCACAGCUUAUCAGUGAAGUUAUUCUUCCUGCUGUGAGGAUAUCUGGGACUAACACUUGGCAGGCUAGGGAUCCUGAACCAAUGCUUCGGUUUCUGGAAAUAUGGGAGAAGUUACUGCCACCAUCCGUUUUGCAGUCAAUUCUAGAAAAUGUGGUUAUGCCUAAGCUAACGACGGCUGUUGAUUCAUGGGAUCCACGACGAGAGACUGUCCCAAUUCAUGUUUGGGUUCACCCAUGGCUUCCAUUGCUAGGGCAGAGAUUGGAGAUGUUGUAUCAUACGAUCCGUUAUAAGCUAGGUAGUGUCCUCCAUGCUUGGCAUGCAAGUGAUGCCUCAGCAUAUGCCAUACUUUCUCCAUGGAAGGAUGUGUUUGAUGCAGCUAGUUGGGAGCAUCUGAUGGUACGCUAUAUUGUUCCUAAGUUGAGAAUCGCUCUUCAAGAGUUCCAGGUGAAUCCAGCUAAUCAGAAGUUAGACCAGUUCAAUUGGGUGAUGAUGUGGGCAUCUGCAAUCCCAAUCCACCAUAUGGUUCACAUGCUGGAGGUUGAUUUUUUCAGCAAGUGGCAGCAAGUUUUAUACCAUUGGUUGUGCUCACGUCCUAAUUUCAAUGAGGUUAUGCAGUGGUAUAUGGGCUGGAAGGGUCUCUUCCCUGCAGAAUUACUUGCCAAUGAGAGGAUUCGAGUGCUUCUAAGUUCAGGUUUGGAUAUGAUGAACCAGGCUGUAGAAGGCAUGGAAGUGGUUCAACCUGGUGCUAGAGAGAACGUCAGCUAUCUGAGAGCUACAGAAAAGAGACAGUUAGAAGCACAGCAACAGGCUCCAGCUUAUUCCUCAGUCCAUGUCAAUGGUGUUGGUGGUGUUCAUGAAAUGAGCUUCAAGGAAUCCAUUGAAGCUUAUGCAAUGGAGCAAGGCUUGCUGUUCAUACCAAAAGUCGGUAGAUAUUACAAUGGUCUUCCAGUGUAUGGAUUUGGUAACAUAAGCAUUUGCAUAGAUUCAGUUAAGAAACUGCUAUAUGCCCAAGUCCAUGAUGGCCAUGAACGCUGGAGUGCUGUGUCACUCACACAGUUACUGGAGAUGCACCAGAACACCUCACGACAUUGAACAUUGACCUCCUGAUGCUUUAGUGGCUAUUGAUACAAGGGUUGGUUGGUGUUGAGGGAGAGAACAUGCAAUUUGAGAAAGAAUGCCCCAAAUCUAGGACCAUCCUGGUGACUGGUCGACUUUUUUUUUUUCUACUACAAAGUUAAAUGAUGUCCAUAUUGUAAGAAACACGCCGGCGGCAAUCAUAUAUGCAGAUCCUUUCGGAUACCAUACCAUAUACAUUUACUUGUUCAUGCUUUACUCCUUGGAGAGUGUAUUCAUGUAAUGCCGGCGAUGGUGUUUGGAUUUUGUUGCCGUGAUAGUUUAAGUCAGAUUUCAUGUGCUAA